AAUAGUACAUCAUUUUGUAUACAUUCAAAUAUAUUAGCAACAUUAUUUCAAUAUCGACCAAUAUCAAGUAUACAUUCACAUAGAAAAAUUUUUCAAUUAACAUUAUGUAAUAGUAUUGAUUUACAUGAAUUAUGUACAAUACGUUUAGGUGAAUGUGAUAUUGAUCAUGAAAUACGUAUUAAUAAUAAUAAUGGUUUAUUUUUUAUAACAAAUGGUGGAAAAAUUUUAUGGAUUGUUGAUCAAUAUGGAAAAAAAGAAUAUGUUCAAUUAUAUCAUAUAGGACGUGCUUUAACAAUACAUUCAAAAAAUCAUGUUAUUAUUGCAAAUGGUACACAACAAUUACAAUGUAUUGAACUUAUAUAA